UUGGCAACGCGCGCGAGCCGUGAGCCGAAGCCAAGCCGCCCCCGGAUAGAACACGCGCAUGUGGCGACGUGGGGCGGGGGCCUGCACGUCGCUUCUAGAUCCCCCUCUCCCCUCGCCUCGCCUCGCCGUGACAUGAUCGGCGUGCAUCCACCGCACGCACGCAUCUCGGUGCGGCGCGCGCCGCCACGCUAACCACCGCGGCGAGUCAAUCCACCCCACACUCCGAGGAGACUUGGCUUCUACAUCACUCGACCAUAAUAACUACGCUACCAGACACUCAGGUGACUCAGCCUCGCGCCCCAACUCGCGCACGCUCCGCGGCGUCCUCGUCGUCUCCGGCUUCUUCUUCUUCUACUGCUGCUGCUGCUGCUGCCGCCGCCGCGCCGGAGAUUGGGUGGGUGAGCGGCUGGGACGGGAUGGGCGGCGGGGUUAGGAUUCUGGUGGCGUUCUUGGCGCUCGCGGUCGCCGGGUACGGUGUGACGCGCUGCGCGGCGCAGCUCCGGCAGGACUACUACGCCGCCGUGUGCCCCGACGUGGAGAGCAUCGUGCGCGCCGCGGUGUCCAAGAAGGUGCAGGAGACGCCCGUCACCGUCGGCGCCACCGUCCGCCUCUUCUUCCACGACUGCUUCGUCGAGGGCUGCGACGCGUCGGUGAUCGUGGUGUCGUCGGGGAACAACACGGCGGAGAAGGACCACCCGAACAACCUCUCCCUCGCCGGCGACGGCUUCGACACGGUGAUCAAGGCCAAGGCGGCCGUCGACGCCGUGCCGCAGUGCACCAACCAGGUCUCCUGCGCGGACAUCCUGGUCAUGGCCACCCGAGACGUCAUUGCGCUGGCUGGCGGACCGUCGUAUGCAGUGGAGCUCGGCAGGCUGGACGGGCUGAGCUCGACGGCGACCAGCGUCGACGGGAAGCUGCCGCCGCCGUCGUUCAACCUGGACCAGUUGACGUCGCUGUUCGCCGCGAACAACCUGUCCCAGACCGACAUGAUAGCUUUAUCCGCGGCGCACACGGUGGGGUUCGCGCACUGCGGCACAUUCGCGAGCCGGAUCCAGCCGGCGGCGGUGGACCCAACGAUGGACGCCGGGUACGCGUCGCAGCUGCAGGCGGCGUGCCCCGCCGGCGUGGACCCGAACAUCGCGCUGGAGCUCGACCCGGUGACGCCGCACGCCUUCGACAACCAGUACUUCGUCAACCUGCAGAAGGGGAUGGGCCUCUUCACCUCCGACCAGGUGCUCUACUCCGACGACCGGUCGCGCCCCACCGUCGACGCCUGGGCGGCCAACAGCUCCGACUUCGAGCUGGCCUUCGUCGCCGCCAUGACCAACCUCGGCCGCGUCGGCGUCAAGACCGACCCGUCGCAGGGGAACAUCCGCCGCGACUGCGCGGUGCUCAACUGACGACACCGACAUGGUCGGUAUACGAGGAAGGGGCGGCGGCGCGUGCGGAUCUCCCAACUGUUCAUAGUUAGCUGCAGCCUGCAGCGCUUGAGUUUCUGAAAGAAAAAUAUAUACUACUAUAGUAGCUUUUUAGAGCACAAGUUUUAAUCAGUCGAUCAGAAGGUUAUAUGAGAAUUUGAUAGUGGUGAAAUUAAUUACCUA